CACCAUAAUCACAUGACCUACACUGAAGAACAACAUGUCUGCAUUGUAAACAGUACUGGAAAUGUGUCUCUAGAAUACAAGACUAUCACAUAAUAUUCUUCAAUCAACGUUAGCCAGCGUAAGGUCAACACAGAUGAUGCUGAUGAAGAAGAUGCGGACUGCUGCACGACUCAGGUCUCAGUUGUGGAGUCUGAAGAUGCCUAGCCUCUGUCACAGAAGCUUUGCUGCCAUCUCCACUUACAAAGCUGUAAUUUUUGACAUGUAUGGAGUUCUCAUUCCGUCACCUGUCAAAUUGGCAACAGUGUUUGAACAACAGAACAGUGUUCCUCUGGGCACGCUGGGCAGGGCCAUCAGGACGGGUGGGGAGUUGAACGCGUGGAAGAGGUUCAUGCGUGGAGAGAUUGGGGCUGAGGAGUUUGUGGAGGCCUUCGGCAGGCAGUGCAGUGAGAUAGCAGGAUGUCCUGUUCCCAUUGGCUCAUUCUUGUCUGAUCUGACCAGUGGGCCAAUGACCAGGCCUCUACCCGUCAUGAUGAAGGCCAUUUUGUGUGCUCGCUCCAGGGGCCUGAAGACUGCUGUCCUCAGCAACAACUUCUUCCAGCUGAACGGUGACCCCUUUCUGCCUCUGGACCACUCUCUCUUCGAUGUGAUAGUUGAGUCGUGUAGGGAGGGCCUCAGUAAGCCAGAUCCUAGGAUCUACCACCUGUGUCUGAACAGACUGGGUGUCUCUGCCCAUGAGGCUGUGUUUCUGGAUGACCUGGAGUUAAACGUUAAGGCAGCUGUCCAGCUAGGGAUGCAUGCUAUCAAGGUAGGGGACCUUGCAGUGUCAGUGAAGGAGCUGGAAGGGAUGCUGGGGAUCCCCCUGUCAGGGUUUGUUCCUGGUCCUGACUCAGCCCCUUGGGCCACAAAGCUCCCUAUGGACCGACUCACACAGUACCUGAGGAAGGCUCUCCAUCUGUCUGACGAAGCAGACCCUGUUGCUGUCCAACAACUCAGCCCCAGCCAGUCAAACUCCUUAUAUCACUUGACCACUGGAGGGCGCCAUCUACUCCUGAGGAAACAGCAGAAGACCUCCCGAGCCAUGGAGACAGAGUACAGGAUGUUGAAAUCUCUCAAUGGAUCCAGCAUCCCUGUUCCAGAGAUCAUUGAUCUGUGUGAGGACCCAAGUGUCCUGGGUGCUCCCUUCCUCUUGAUGGAGGUCUGUCUAGGGAGGAUGUUCAGUGACCACUCCCUGCCAGGCCUGACCCCUGGGGACAGGAGGGCUUUGUACCAAGCCAUGCAACACACACUCUGCCAGAUCCACUGUCUAGAUACUAGAGUAGUCGGCCUGGAGGACUACGACGAGCCAGUGGAUUACAUGGGGCUUCAGGUACGGUGGUGGACUCAGCAGUACAGGGACAGUGAGACCCCGCCCAUCCCAGCCAUGGAGAGACUCAUACAGUGGCUUCCUCUGCACCUCCCCAAACACCAGAGAACUACGCUGAUCCAUGGAAGCUUCAGACUGGAGAACCUUGUGUUCCACGCAGAGAAGCCAGAGGUGGUUGCGGUGAUGGACUGGGGCCGUUCCAGACUGGGUGACCCUCUAAUAGACCUGACCUUCAGCUGUAUGGGUCACUGCCUGCCCCAGGACAACCCUCUACUGACAGGUAUAUCUGACAGGGGCCUAGUCCAGCUGGGUAUCCCCACUGUAGAGGAGGUGAUGGGGCAGUACUGCAGCUCUAUGGGUCUGGAGGAGGGAAUCCCAGACUGGAACUUCUACAUGGCCUUCCACCUCUUCUGCCUGGCAGCCAGCCACCAGGGGGAGAGCAAGAGUACCAUUGCAGGACAAACUGGCUCUGGGAGGUUAGCUGAGCAGGUGGCUGACCUGGCCUGGGACUUUGCCACCAAAGAGGGCUUUCGUAUCUUCAACGCCAUGCCCAGGGCGCCUCAUGCAGGCACUUCCCCUUUAAAGGGGCAAGUAGCAGAGUGACUGCUUUGUUGUUUUUCAAAUCCUGGAUUGCCCCUUUAAGACCAGAUUUCAGUAGCUGAAGUGAUUGGCGGCAUAGAGGAAGUCGUCUGUUCUUUUUUGGUGCUUAAGUACACAUUACAUUACUACAUUUAUACCCAGGAUAUUGUUUUUCCAACAGGAAAAGGUCAAAAAUAACUGGAGCGGGACUUUAAGGGAUGUCUUAGAGAGGAUGACUGCCCAUCCUACCCAGACUUCCAGAGCUCAGCUGUUCAUCCACUAUUCCCUCCAGGAGCCCUGGGCUACUGUCUCAGCCAGGAAACGGCAGCCUUCCCUGGGCAGGAUCGCCCCAGGCCGUAGAUGGCCUAAAGCUGAUAGGGGAUUGCUGUGCCUCAGAAUCUUUUGCACUUGUUUUUCUCUUCCUGGCUUUUUUCUACUGAUAGCAGCUGUUUCCAAAAAGGCUUUACUUGCAAUAACUGUGGUUGUUUUUUUCCCAACAGAACUUCAUCUCUGGACAAGAGUGUCCGCUAGAUAAAUACAAUGUAAAUGUCCACUAAGGUCUAUUUCUCAGAUUAUUUACAUUAGUUCAAACUUUAUGGAGCCUGAAGAUGUUAUGGUCAGCAAUGCUUGUCAAGUGGUCCUGGGCUUUACUCAACCAUUACUCUAAUUAAAUAACCCACACCAAGUAUCCAGUCAGAGAUGUCAGUAUAUUACACGUCAUUACAUUAUUGUAUGACACAACCACAGUCUGUUAUAACAUUGUAUAUUCUGUCAAAAUAAAGUAUAUCACUAUUUUCUUCUA